UUGAUUUUGCUUUUGUACAAGGAUAAUGCUGAUGUCAGUUUCGAAUCUCAGAAAGUAUAUCACUGAGAUAGCUCCUAUUAACACCAGGGUGAUAUAAAGCAUAAAGCAGCCGUCCCUCGUCUCUAUUCAAGAGCUAUACCAUGGAUUAUGCUUAUCGCCAUCGAAUACGAUAUCAUCUCUUGCCAUAGUUGUUCCGUGACUCCACGACGGUUAUCCGUCGUGUUUUUAGUGUAUUCCAAUUCCGUAGUCAUGAGGCGCGGAAUUCUAUCAAUCGUCUAAGUCGGCACAUUCUUGCGGCACGUUAUCUUGAACGUCAACUACUUUCAAAAGAGCUUUGGGAGGCGAAAUCAACGAAGCAAUAUCGCGAGGAAGCUGCUAGUGAACUCCACUGGUUAUCGGUCGUAGCGCAUACGCCACCCUCCCCUGACAUGCCAAGCUUGGGAAAUGACCCAGAACUAAUCUGGGCAUUCGAGGCCGUGCGCAUCGAGAGUUCGAUCUUGUCCGUCCAUAUGGUUCACGUUGUCGCAAUUGACGGAGACUUUCGCUACGCAAUUGCGCUUCCUAGAUCUUUGUCCCUGACAUGCAGGUAGACCCGAUACACCGGAGCUACAGGGCUCGGAACUCUAGUCGGCGAUACUAUUCUUACUUCCGAUAGUUAUCAAAGAAGUCCUCCUUGUCGGCGGCGUGACCUAUAUCAAGUAAUAACUAUACAUUCUUCGCUUUGCUUCUUCUUUCUUGUACAUGAAGGAAGGCGCGCGUGCAAAUUCUGAUGUGAAAAUGCAUGUACUGUUCCGAUAUAUCAUUGUCAUAAGAUGACAGCCCGCGUGAACGAUCUGAUCCUUCAGUGAUCAUUAUCUCACAAAGUCGAAGGCGCAAUCCGAGUAUCAUUCGAGAUCGUGGAUGCGGAAGCCGGCUUGUGGGGUGACAAUUCGAACAAUGGGGCAAGUCAUAAAAGGCAGGUAUAGCGUACGAGCUGAUGCUCCUCUACUAGCUUUGAGGAGACGAUCUCAAAAGCACAUGGCUCGAAACGAGCUUCGGGUGAGAGUCUGAUAGGAAGAAAGCCUUGGGCUCGUUCUCCCCCUUCCAUUGCUCCGAAAACUACCGAAUCUUAGCAAACGCGCCAUGACUCGUGGUGGAGGGUCCCAUCGGUGGACAAUGGGAGAUUCUCCGAGUAUUCCUUCAUAUGUAAGCAGUUCGGGCCAACGAAUCUUUCAGUGUUUCAUUCCUGAUAGCGGAUCCUCGAUCUCUCGCUGAAUCAGGAGGCGAACGAGUGUUAGACCACUGCACGAGAAUAGCUUUGCGGUGUUGUGUGCGGGGUCUAGCGUUAUCGGCAUGUUGAGAGCAUGAGAUCUAAUUAAUGAGUAUUGCGCCAUCCGGACCAACCCGCUGGCCACAAACACCACCCAGGUAGGAUCAAGAACAAACUGUAUGCUCUUAAAGUUAAUAUUUUUUGGGGCUGGUGAAUCCACCGAAACACCGUUGUGCGACGACGGUUCUUGCGCUAACCCACACCUUGGCCGAACAUCAAGAUGUGUGGCUCUCGUCAAGGAUACCUUGUAUGUCUACACUUAUGGCGAAAAAAAGGUGGCUUUCGGUUGAUUAAUUCCGCAUUCUUGGUUACAAUUGGAGAGGAAGAAAAAAAGCGCAAUAUCGUUCGUCUCAAGCUAGCUUUCUACUAACAUGAAUCACCCUCAGCCGUUGAGCGUCUCAACCUAACUCCUCUUCUAGCUCUCAAAAAUCAGUCGAAUAUCGGGAGAAGAUGUCACCCACGAAGUAAAAGGAGGAAACUGUCCAGAAGCAGGAGGGAGGUCCUGCAGAAGAUACCAGACGCCCACUACCAUCCUCUGUCGAAAACACGGGCGCACAAGAACUAUCGCGCGAAAUUUCCACUGCAUGAUCUGGUCUUUCAGCACCAUGAGGUUCAACCUCAUGAUAUGGAUAGCAGCGGCUACUCUGCUGGGGGCAAAGGGAGCAGCACAGUCGCUUCCAGAUAAUGCGGCCGGUAGCGAUGCACUGUUGAGUCUCAUGGCUGAGAUCCCUCCAUGCGGCCUCACUUGCCUAAUACAAGAGAUGCCCUCGAUCGGCUGCACCCUAGUCGAUGUCGAGUGCCAGUGUACGUCGCAAAACUCCACCGAAAUUCUCCAACCAUGCCUGCUAGAUAAAUGCACGCUCGAAGAGACGUUUACCCUCUUGAGACUGCAGGGAAAUUUGUGUAAUCGGCCACACAACAAUCGAUCUGCGGCAUCGUCAAUAACUGGCUGGGUCUCAGCAGUAGUUUCUAUUAUUGCCAUUUCGAUACGAUUCUUAUCGCGGUAUAUAGGCGGUAACAAAUUUUGGUGGGAUGACUGGCUUCAUAUGGCCGCUGUUGUCCUCAUCGUUCCAGCAUCGGUAAUCUUGAUAUUCAGCGCCAAAGCAGGAGUGGGUUACCAUCUUUGGGACCUUACGUACCCACAAGUCAGGGAUAUAUCACGUUUCACAUACAUCUUGACGCCUCUCUGGGCCGUCAAUCUACUGUUCCUGAAAUUCAGUAUCCUAACGCUCUACCUCCGCAUCUUCCCGCACGAAUGGCUUCGACGAAGUGUUGCUGCUUUCACAGUCUUUACAAUACUUUACACCGUGCCUCUCAUAUUUCUCGCAGCCUUCCAGUGUAACCCCGUUCACGCUGUUUGGGAUCUCGAAGCGCAGAAAACUGCCAAGUGCAUUGAUUGGAUUGCCGUUCUUCGUGCCACUGUCGUCUUCGAAGUGAUCGCCGAGAUCGUACUAUUCUUACUACCAAUUCCUGUAGUGAUGAAACUCCAGAUGCCAAAAGCAAAGAAGGUACUUCUUAUGGGAUUUUUCGGCAUGGGUAUCGGGAUUAUCGGCGUUUCGAUCGCUCGUCUCCCCACCCUUCCAGGCGUAAUUUCCAAAUCAGAUCAGACUUAUACGGUAGUGCCCUCCGGAAUUACUGGCUUCUGUGCUAGUAUAGCUGGUCACAUCUGCACCACCAUACCCACACUUGGUGCCCUCCACCGGGCGCUUAGCGAGUCAUUCAAGCGCAUGUGCGGAGGCGGCCGUUUUCGCUACAAAUACACCAACACCUUCGAUCAUUCCAAAUUACGGUCCACUACCGCCAAAAGCAACAGCACGGAAGAUGAAAGGAAGGGGUGGCUAGCAGUCACUGAUCGUACGAACUCGAAUGACUCUCGAUUCGACGCUUCACAUCAACAGCAGCAGCGACAGCCGUACACAGCGCCGCUAAAUGAUCCGGGCAAUUUCUCGAAUUACGACGGCGCCGAAUCAUUCAAUCUCACUACUCGCCCGCAGCAUGUCAUCCAUUCCAGCCCCCGCGACGAAGAACCCAUCCCGAUAAACGAACUCCGCCCCAUCCAAAACGACGCGCAGCAGGAUGAAUCGCAGCGACCUUUUUCUUGGCCGCGGGAUACAGCAGGCAGUGGCCCAAGUACGAGCAAAUGAGAAAAAUGUGAGAUUCAAUUGUAGAAGUCAGCUACACAGAGAGACGCCGAUAUAGGGUUUGGUGGCUAUCAUCACCGGCGACUCCGGAAUUAAUAUAGGGCAAAGGAUUGGUAGCUUUUACAUCUGCCGUCACGUUCAUGUAGUGUGAACUCCACAUAAUGAAUAAUGAAGCGCGGACAAAUCAGGAUAUAGUAAAACGGAGGACAUAUGGAAUUACAAUGACCCACAUCACGCCUAUGUGACGCUCGAAAGCAGCCACGUGAACGAUGUUUUUGGGUCAAGCGACCAAGGGGUCGAAUUACAUGUUGCUGGAAUCCCCGUCGGGUAGCGAUCCUGAUGUAUGCCGCGUAUAAAACAAAUAGGUUUCAUAGAUAGCAUCGAGAGACCUAUACGAAAUCAUCGGUUUUCAAGACCUCCCGGCAGACAUUCGCCGCAAUCUUUUUAGCAAGCCGCUUGAAAUCCAGUAUAUGAUACAUGUCAGCAAUAUCAUUCUCCCAACAUGAAAGGUAAGGCCCGCGAGGCUCUCAUCUACCAUAUCGUCACAUGAUGCACACUUAACACAUUAAGAGACUCGACACUGGGAAUAACACGUAUCUUGUUUGUAUUAGUGAUGCACACACAAUGUGUGUCCCCAAAUACCAGAAAUAGUAUCAGAAGCUUCUCCUCCACAACCAUGCUUUCCGAUCUUUGUUUCGCAUCCGAUGAAUAACGACUGUUCCAAGUAACCAUCUUCAUGCGCAUUGAUCCACGGCAUUCAGAGUUUAUUCUGUCUUCGGCACCCCGUCGUAAUACAUCUGCGUGAUUUGAUUUCACAUUGUGUUC